UCUAUUAUUUCCAUUAGUUUCAUGUUUAUCUCUGCUGUCACUAGUCUGUGUUGGGUACCGAGUUCGGCUUCGUUCUCUGUUUUUAUAUUUUGUAUCGUUAGUUCUGCGUCUCGAGGAUAUACUAUGUAGUCAAUUAUGGUUCUCGCAACGGGUCAAAACACAUAACAAAAAUUUGGGUAAGUCCAUCUGAAUAAAGGAGGCUGUUGUACCCCCCUGGCGACAGUACUAAAACUGUGAUUGACCAAAUUUUAUUAUAUUUCCAGGAACUGGCUUCUCGUGUACUUUAUGACCUACUUUUAUGUUAUUGAAAUUAUGGGUACAGAGGACUGCACGGAACACUACAACAAAGAAGAAAUUAAAGAGCUAAUACCGGAUGAUUAUGAUUACUUUGAUCCAUAUCGUCCAAAGUCGAUUUCUUGGAAAAAUGUAGAAAUUGUCACCGGAGUGGACAUAAGUUGCAAAAAUGUCAAAUUACCUUUACAUUAUAUCGUGAAAAAUUCUUGUAAUGACUGCAAACAAACACUUACAAUUUUGUCAUCAAAUCUAUCUGAAAUACCCAAUUCGCCUUUUGUAAAUAUUAAAAAUAUCUCAAAACUUGUAUUAAAACAUUUAGAUAUUUUUAAGCUUUCUUCUGAUGCUUUUAAUGAACUGUCGUUAGUGGAAAUUAAUCUGUCAAAUAAUCGUUUAUCUGAGAUUAACCUUACGGUUUUUAAUUGGUUAGCUAAUCUAGAAAUUCUCGAUUUAUCUUUUAAUCAAAUAUCAACUAUAAAAAACUAUUCUUUUGGUGGGGUGAUAAAUUUAAAAACACUAAAUUUGUCACACAAUAAUUUAUUGACAUUUUCUUAUAAAGUUUUUAAUCCCAAGAUGCACCCGAUGGAUACACUUGAUUUAAGUUUUAAUGAAAUAACACACUUCACAGUAGAUAUCAAAAUUAAGAUGAAGAGUCUAUUUUUAAAUAAUAAUGAGCUGAAAGAAAUACUAAACUUGUGUCCAAAUCUAUUUGCCACCGUUAGUUUAAAAGACAACCAUUUAAAAAAUCUUUCCUCAACUUUUUGCACCUCAAAAUUUAAUGAGAUAGCUUCUUUUGAUGUCAGUUGUAAUAAUAUUAGUAGCAUAGAUGAUUUUUAUUUUGGAGAAGCUUUUAAGCUGAAAUCACUAAACUUAAACCAUAAUAAUCUGAGUUCACUGUCACCGGGAGUAUUCUACAAUAUGUCAAAUUUAGAAUAUUUAAAUAUUUCAUACAAUAAUCUAGAAGAUUUUAAGUUUGGUACAUUUGAUAGUUUAAAUAAUUUAGAAAUUUUAGAUAUUUCAAAUAACAAUUUACAUACUAUAAGUACUUCUUUACAUUCUUUGAAGAACGUACACCAAUUUUUCAUACAUAAUAAUCAUGUUCAAGAUAUAAAUCCCGAUCAACUUAAAAGAUAUUUUCCAAAUUUAAGGCAACUAUUAUUUGAUAGUACUAAUCUAUCUUGUGACCACGUUCUUAAUAUUGUUCGACAACUCAAAUCAUCUGGUAUUGAAAUAUUACACAAUAAUUUAGAAAAUAUCACCAACACUCACGGAGUCUCUUGUUUAGAUUCACCAGAGGUUGAUCUCGUACCAGAAACCCUAAAUAAAACAGAGAAUGAGACCCUGAAAGGUUAUUUGGACGAACUAAAAAAAAGUAUUUUUUACAAGAUGCUUGAACAAAUCUAUUCUUCAGAUAAAGCAAAAAAUGUCGGGUAUUCAAGAAACGUAAGUUCAGAUAAAUCAUUAAUUGACAAAUAUUUAGAAGACAAUAUAAGAAAUACACAAAAUUUCAACAAUUAUUUUAGGGAUUUUAUAGAAAAUCAGAAAAAAUUAAGUCAUUCUCAGGAGACAUUAGUAUACACUGAAAUUGGUGGAUAUAAUAAAAUCGUAACAGUUCUUUCGGUUAUUACUGCAUUGUUAUGUUUGAUAGCUCUACUUAUUGGCUAUGUUUUAUUUAAAAAUAAUAAUUCAAGAGCAUCAAAUGUAGCAGAACACGUAGAGCUAGUACAUAAUUGAUCUGAGUAUCCUUUUGACUAUGUAGAGAUAUUAAGAAUAUUUUUUAUGUUAUAUUGAUUAUAUUGUUAGGUUUAUUAUAUUGGUUUAUGUAGUAGCAUGAUACUAUGACAAGAAGAUAAAUCAACGCGCAUGAUGGUCUUGCAUCCUUAUCGCUCACUGUGACGUAAACCAGAGACAACUUUCCUGGCGGCAAGUUGAAUUCUUUAUUUGUGUUCAUGUUUAUUCCUGUUAAUGCAAUAGUUAUCUCUCACGUGUUGCUUCAAAACGUAUUAAAUGAGAUUUUUUUUAUUCGUUUAUGUAGUAAGAACUUUUAUAUUAUAUAGUUAUAUAAAUUUUGUUGUGAAAACGGACAGUUUACUGUGUUAAUAUCACCUAAUUUGCCAAAAAUUAAAAUAAUAAAAAAAAUAAAACACACACAAACACAUUAAAAAUGCCACAAAUGAUUUCUGAACAUUAAUUGUCGGAAAAUUUUUUAACUAAAUAUAUUUUCUGAAAAUAAAAUUAUAUAAUAAAUAUACUUACAAUCAUAAAAUGUAUAAAAAAAAAUAAAAAAAUAAAAGUUUCUAUUGGGAUUCGAACCAACUUAUCAGCGCGGUUGGUAUUGGCGUUGUAUUGGGGUUCAUUCGCAUGAAACGCUUCGUCACGGAGACAACGUUUCAAUAUGUGCGAAGAUCGACUAACUAAACGGAUUAAACUUUUGACAUUUUGGUAUUACAUAAAUCAAAUUAUUUUGAUUUUGAAUUGAAAUGAUUUAGAAUUGAAAAAAUACAACAAAACAUAGAGUAAGAAAACAAUAUAUUAGGUGAAUAUUGAUAGAAAUUUUGAUGGUAAUCAAAUUAUGUAAAUAAAAGUAUUACAUACUAUGUAUUUUGGUAGGUUCAAAUAGGUAGGUACCUAUGAUACAUUUACAAUUAUUACGUACCUGUUGCUUUAAAAACUAUUUAAAAGUCACUACAAUUAUAAACUUUUUUGUUUCUGUCCUCACAACAAUAAAACUAAUAUAUUAUACAUUUGUUUACCUUCAUAUUGAACAAUUAUUUAUUAUUGACAGAUCAUUUCAACACCCCAUCAGAGCCCGUAUAACGACUAAUACCAUACUGUCGGUGUGCGCAUGCGCGCAGAUCAAUAUAAAUUCACCCUCAAUCUCAAUCGCGCCUAAAGAAGUAUAACUUAAAAAAACAUGUAAGUAUUUUGAUUUUAUACACAAUUUAACGACAGACAAAAUGUUUCUAUAGAUACUAAUCGCCAUUUUAAUAGAAGUCUGAAUUUGAAGUAACACUUUAUUUUUGAUAGCUCCAUAGGUAAAUAACUCAUUUUGGAUGUAUUUUUUACUACGAAUAUGGUAGUGAAAUGUGUUCUUUAUAUAUUUAACUUUUAUUACAGAGAAAACACAAAUGAACUACAACCUGAAAUGUGAAAUGUGUUAGAUCAGAUUGCAACACAAGCAAUAAAAGAAACUUGACACAAAAUUUAAGGAUAACGCUACUCAAACCAUAAUGUAAGAGAAAAAACCUAUUUUUAAAAUCUACAAAUUUACAUAAUACAUAUUUGUUAUGAUCUACUUAAAAAUUAUUUAAUUUCAGUGAAAACGACAUAGUCAAAAAAGCCAUGGAACAAAUAAAGAAUUUGCAAUCUGAAAAUAAAAGAUUGAAGGAACUUCUUAGUAGGAAGAAGGAGAAAAAAAGUACAGUUGAAAGAAUUUUUACUAAAGGGUAGUUAAAAAAAUUAAAAACUAAAAAACAAAUUAAGUGGUCAAUUGAAGAUAUUGCUUCAGCAAUUUCUUUGCACGCUGCAGGGGCAAGGUCCUAUCGUUUAUUAAGAAAAAGAGGCUACCCCCUUCCAGCUGUAGGAACGUUAAGACAAUGGGAUUCCGGAUUCUAACGAUAAAUCGUUUAUUUGGGUAAACCACGUUUCUGAGUGUGGUUUACUAAAACCAACCCUGGAAUUUGUAACUAAAUGUAGUGAACCGGAACAUAUUUUUCGUACUUAUAAUCGCAGUACAUUAAAAAUUUGUAAACAUUAUCGGAAAAACCUAUUAGAAGCCGCAAAACAAGUAAAUCUGUGAGGACGUAAAAUUACCCUUUUUUUUAGAUGUAAAAUGUAUUUUAAAAUAAGGAUGCUAAAUAAAAGUAUUAAAGGUAAUUAUAAUAUCCGCAAGAGAAAAAUCAUAAAAAUUGUCAAAUAAUAUCAUAAAUAAAUAAAUAAAAAUAAAUAAUAUUCAUAAACUCUGAAGUAUGACACGCUUUUCGUUUAUUUUUCAAAUUAUUUACGUUUUACCGGCUUUGUAUAAUAUUUAAUUUAUGUCUUAUAGAUUUAUUUAUUUUGUUUGUAAUGUACACAAUCAAAUCGUAGAUUCAUAUAUUUCUACAUAAAGUAACUAGUUAUGAAUUCUUAGUGCAACAUAUGGCAUCAAGGGCCACUCACCAUUAACAGUUCAAGUUUCAAGUUAUUUAUUUAUAGUAAUGAAACAGCGUUGCCAUAUGAUUCAUCGUCAAAAUAAGAUUCACACAACUUCCCUGGUUUAGUCUCGCAGUGACGUCAUGCGCCAGUCGAUUGAAUUUAGAAUUGCAAGUGUGCAUAUCUUCCUGUCAUAGUAUCAUGAUGUAGUAGGAUUAGUAUUUGCAUAGUUGUAUACGUAAAAAGGACACUAAUCGUUAUUUAUGUAUUAAGAGCGAAAAUUGAUACGACAUUAUUGCUUGAGAGUAAUAGCUGCCGCGCGACGCGAAGCGGAGAGCGGUAAUUACUCCAAUCUCAUGUUCCCUUAAUUGACAUGCCUCUUCUAUACGCACAUUAAAAUGUAAAGGGAACAGUAUACAUCCCUGUUGCACCUUGUCUUAUCCUUUUAGAUUUUUGUUGGUCUACUCGUAUAUAGUAUUGUAUUAUUAUUCUUUCUGAUAUCUGUAUAAAUUGCUAACGAUUCUCACAUACUGUUCAUCUAUUCCGUAAAAUGUUUGAAAAGCUGCUUUUCUUUCGGGAAGGCCUUCUCAAAGUUAAUUAGUCAUAGGAGAACGUCGCUGUUUACAUAUCAACAGUUCACUUAUUAUUAUUUGAGUGUUUUUAUAGCAAAUAAUGCCUCCCUAGUGCCAAAGCCUAUUAUAAAUCCCAGUUGGUUUGCUGUUAUUCUAUUGUCUAGUUUCUAGUUUAUUGUAGAUGCGGUGAUGUAUCACACGUAAGAAGACAACAUAGUUUAUCUAGCUGAUCAUUCGAUAUUCUUCAAAUUUCAUUGCGUUGGAUUUUUUGAGUAUUGGGACGAACACAGAUAUUAGCCAUUCUCUUGGAGUUUUCCCAGUAUCGUAAAUCUAAUUGAAUAAUUCAACUAUAUAUCGUUGUGGUUCUUUUCUGGUAGUAUUUUCUGUAGGUGUUUCAUCCAGCGCUAUGAUUUUUUAUGCGUUUUAGUGUUUUGUCAAUUUUUGCUUUGGUAGAUUUAGUUUUUCCAUUUGGUUCUGUUGUCCCCAAUUUUCGUCAAAAAGCUGUUUAAUGUUACUUUUUAUUUGAUUCUUCUAAUAGUAGGGUUCAUCUAUUAGUAGGUUCAUCUAUUAGUAGGUUCAUCUAUUAGUAGUAUGCUAAAUUUGCAGUUACUUGAACGUUAUGGGCACAUACUGGAUUGUGAAGAUUAGGUCCUAAAACCCAAAAAAGUUAAGUUAAGUUUUUCAUUUUAGUUGGGACUUUCCCCUUUUAAUUUAAUUUUCCAUUUACAGUCGUUUUUUCCGAUUAUGGUUCUACACUCUCCGUGGAGGAGUCAUGUUGGUUAUCAUUCGAUAGAUUUUUGAAAUAUAUUGAAAACGUAUUUUUUAGUUUUUUGAUUUGACGUUUAUUUCGAGAAAUAUUCGCUUUUUUUAAACUUUGUGGCUCACCCAUUUCCUUACUUCCCGUUCAAAUCGUCAGAUUUUUUAAAAAUACACUUAACUUACCUUAUCUUAAUCUGACGAUUUCGAAUUUUUCUAAGGAUAGAUUUUUUUCGGACCCCACUUAACGAUCUCCUCUGUAUUAAGAGUUCGUAUAAAAUUCACGCUUGGGCUCCCUACAUAUUAUAAGUAAAGUUAUUUAUUGUGUUUUUAGUGAAAUCUCCCGUACUUUUAUAGUUGUUUUUUAGAUAAGAAAAAAUCUAGACCAGUGGUUCUCAAUAUUUUUGAGUCAUAUACCACAAAAGACUUUUUAUUAUUUUUGGUACCAUCUAACUGAAAUACCUACCAGCUAGGUAAUCUAAUUGAAUAUAAUAGUGGUAGUGAUUUUGGCUGUUUCUGAGUUUUAUGUACUACCGCAAAUAAUGAUAUGUACCACCAGUGGACAUGUACCACAAUUUGAGAACCGCUGAUAUAGACCCAAUGUGAAAAACUUGUAAAAUUAAAAUUAAAUCAAACCAU